AAACUAUAUAUGUACUACAAAACUUUAGGAGGUCUGCUAAUGAUUGCUCGAAAGAAGUAUCUACAGGGGAUCUACAAUGUGCGUGUCACCAGAUCUGCCUCCGCUUGCCAAGAGAUUACACGUAAUUACGGAGGAGAGGGGAUCAUCGGUAAUUACGUGCGGAGCCUUCUCUUUUCCGUCUUGAGCUCAUAACGACCCUCCUUAUCGAAUCUACGAGGAUAUGCUACCAGCUUUCCUAACCAAUUAGCAGUCGCUUUUACGGGCAGGGAGUGAGCCACUGGCACGUGUGGAUCCUUUCAUAUCAAUACGACUUUCCGUACUCGUCAAUUCUAGAGUUUAU